AUGAGGGGGUACUGCCUCAGCUGGGAUGGGUCUGUGGACUCGAUCCACGUCGGGACCCUGAACGGGUUCAAGAGGAAGAACACCGGGGAGGUAGAGAUCGAGUUCCUUCAGAAUCAGGCAGCGGAGUCUUACUACUGGUUUCAGGGAACUGUGACGGAGUCAGGUUUAACCUUGGACAUGUACAACGAAAGGAAUGAGUUUUGUGUCGGCAACAUUGAGCUCGAACGUACAUUCUCAUCUGCUUAA